AUGCAGGCCAAGGCUGAUGUAAAAGAGGCCAUACGUUUUACCUCAUUCAGGACAAAGCCUCUGAAAAGAAAGUCAAAUCUCUGCACUGAUGUCAAACUCUUUCUUGAAUUUUGUUCCCAAGCCAUCAAAACACGGCUGUGGCCGAAGCAGAAGGCGAGCAAAAAAUCCAAAGACGAGGCUCAGAAGGUGGAAAAGACAACCGAGCCGUUGGCCUCUACUGCCGUCUGUGCCUUCCCACAGCUGACCGAAGCAGAGAGAAUGAGGCAGUCACCGUUUGAGAGUGUGGUCUAUGACAUGGCCCACAACGAGAAGAUCAUCAACGACCUGAUACUUGGUCGAAGGGUUGGCUUCUAUGAGCUGCGCGGAGAGAUUGGGCAGGGCAACUUCUCUACAGUCAGGCUGGGCAUCCAUGCCUUGACGAAAGAGAGAGUAGCUGUUAAAGUCAUGGACAAGCUGCGUCUGGAAAAGAAGAGCCGGCCUAUGACUUCCUCAGAAAUCAGCUGCAUGGAGAAGCUGUGCCACCCCAACAUAGUGCGCCUUUAUGAGGUGAUCGAGACCAGCCGGAAACUGUAUCUGGUGAUGGAGUAUGGCAGCGGUGGAGACCUGUUCUCCCGGAUCACCACCAGGGGGAAGCUUAACGAUCUGGAAGCAAAGCUGGUCUUUGCACAAGUUAUCUCUGCUGUUAAACACAUGCAUGACCACAACAUCAUCCACAGAGACCUUAAGGCAGAAAACAUCUUCUACACCACCAGCUACUGCAUCAAGGUAGGAGACUUCGGCUUCAGCACAGAGAGCAGCCCUAAUGAGCUCCUCACCAACUUCUGUGGCUCUCCACCUUAUGCUGCUCCUGAACUGUUCAAGGAAAAAGGCUACAUUGGACUCUAUUCUGAUAUUUGGGCUUUAGGUAUUCUCUUGUACUUCAUCGUGACGGCCACUAUGCCCUUUUAUGGGGACAACCUGGGGAGGCUGAAGCGCUGCAUCCUCCAGGGGGCUUACAGUAUCCCUGCUUUUGUGCUCGAGCCAUGCCAGCUGGUCAUUAAGGGCAUGCUGCGGCCUGUGCCUUCUGAUCGCUCCUCUCUCACACAGGUUACAAACAGUGCUUGGCUGAGGGGGAUUGAGUACCCUCCUCCGUAUGUCUUGUUGCCCAUGUCUCCGGCCCACUUUGCCCAGGCCGGCCAGGCUCUGUGUAUGGAGGAGCAGGAGGUGAAGAGUUUGCUGUCAGAUCUAGGCAUCGUGACAGUUCAUUUCCAAAACAAUCCCUGUUUAGAUUAUAAGAGCCCGUUGACGGGGACCUACCGGAUCCUCCUCCAUCGGGUCCAGAAGAGGAGAUCAGUGGAGGCUGUAGGUUAUUCAGCGCUUCACCCUGAUGAGUAUAGGAGCAUGAAGAAGUGGUCUGCAGCACCUGUGGACAAACACAAUCCAUCUGCUGUCUGUGUUGUACUGUAAUGAAAAAGAACUGGACUGCUUUAGUUGUGGCAACACAGGCACUUUAUCACAUGCACAUGUGUUCAUUAGUAGUCUUCAACUUGUAUUGUGCAAUGCUGGACUGAAAUGGUCCGCACACAUGGAGGUUGAGGUCUUCUGUCCCACAUAAAGUUCACAGACUAGGGCACCUCUCUUAAGUAAUUAGCUUUAGCUUUUUGUUCUUUUUUUUUUUUUAAGUAUAUUUUUUGGGCUUUUAAUGGACAGGUCAGUAGAGAGACAGUAAAUGGGGAGGCAGAGAGAGGGGGAAUGACAUGCAGCAAGAUGAUGAUAUCACCACCAACAAGCUUACUGACGCAAAACAUUCAUCAGUCAUUGUAUGGCUAUCAGCAUCUUUCAAUCCCUCUUAGUCAGAGCAUAAAUCUACUGAGCUAAUCCAAGGCCACAGCUAAUCCCAACAAGGGAGACACUGAGAACAUGCUUAGUCCAACAGAAAUGAAACAUGAGACUAUGAGUGUGAAAAAAACAUGUCCUGGGAAAAACAAUGACAUUAGGCAUAAAAAGAAAUUAUGACCACAUAAGGCCAGAGCUAUAAACAAAAUGUAACCAGUCUUAAAUGUUUGUCUGAUGCCUAAAAUGCCUUCAUUUAGUCUAGAUAUUUAUUUAAAAACUUUCUAAAUAAGAUACAAAUUUUAUGACUGUGACAAAAAAAAAGUCUGGAGCACACAGAUUGUUUUAAAUUUGCACAAUUUAAUCUAAUUUUGUUAAUAUCUAUUUUGAGUAUUGUGCUUAUGUUUUAAGGCAAGACUUUCAUAAUUGCUUCAUGGACACAGGCCUAAAUUUACUGCCCCUCUGUAUUAACAGUUAUAGUAAUCAAUAAGGCCAAAUUCAUUCAUCAUAAUAAAAGUAUUUUCAAACAAUUAUUUUAAAUUGUUUCCUUUCAGAUCUUCUCAUCUGGAUACUAUCCUCUGGCUCUAUCUGUCCAGCAGGAGGCAUGUUGUUACAGGAUAAUGAUAAUAUUAUCUUUCUGCUGCAUGGACCAUUUACAAAGAGAUUUCUACUGGGAUGUUGUAUGAUUCCUUGCUUUCUUGUGAGCCCUGAUGUUUGGCUCUUGAGCCAGUGUGCAAAGAUUUUGGAGCCAUCUCAAGCACACAUAAAAGCCUAAAAUAUGAUGCUUUUCUGUAUCUGUGAAUUCUACAGAAUUGUGAGUGAGGUCCUCUGAGACAGAUAAUUUUGUUGCAUUCCAAUCAGGGAAGUCAAACUUGGAAAGCUCUUUCUCCACGUAAUGGCCCUUCAGUUCCAAUUCACCCCACAUGUGAAUUUCCCCUGAGGGUAAAACAGUCCCUAAGACCAGCAUCACACUUUGCUUGUUACCGUCACCUUGCAAUUCUGCCUGAGUCUGCAUGCCCCUGCUGAGAUUCUGAUAAGCUUUAUAUUUUCCAAUAAAUUUUUGAA